AUGAUGUUAACCCCUCUGGUUUGGAAGGAUAAUGUGGGAGGAUGGACGCGACUGGAACUGGAACCUGUGGAGGUGCCGCUGGAGCAGGAUGGCUCUGUAUUGCUCUCUGCUGUACAAUCUGUAAUACCUGGAGCGCAUGGCCUGUACUAUAAGGACGGUCAUUCCAAAAGAGCAUUAAAAUACGAUGGUUCCACUGGUCGAAUAUCAAAAGGCGCGCCAGGCUGGGACACGAAGCCGAUAUACGUUGUGCUU